AGGCAUCAGCGUCGCCGGCAUCAUCCCCUCGACGACCCGCUGCCAUGAAUUCUCAGCCCGCCCCCUUCCUUGAUCCUCUACUCGCUCCUGUGCCGCAGCCAGUUGUACCUCCGAGCACUCAGACAACGAUGACAAAGCCCAUCUUCUCGGACUGCCUGAAGCUCAACUGCACAAGGAAGGCCCGUUCUACUCGAUGCGCGUUCUGCCCGACAUGUUGCAAGAACUCUGGUGGCUGUUCUCUUCAUAUCCCGCCGAUCUUUCCGCCACAACCGGCACACUCUCCUCGGUUAACGACUCCGAGUUCUCCUCACGCUUCGCUUCCAGUGAUGUCAUCCUCCUUGGGCCUCGCAAUCGACAAUCUAGAUUACACCUUUGAUCAGCCAUCUAGCUCUAUAUCCUCGAGACUAUUCCCAUCCUCUAGUCACUCAACGGCGCCAACAUCCGAGUCUAGUGCUUCCCCUUCGCUUUCUAUCCCAGCAUCUCCUUCGUCAGCUUCACAGUCUGCACGCUCACCAUCCGUCAUUUCUAUAAGUUCAACAUCAGCCUCGGGGUCUACUCGUUCACCAUCAGUCAUUUCUAUCGGGUCUUCAUCUUCGCCAUCGCCUUCUAUCUCCGCUACCACAUCAUCUUCAUCAUCCCUCAUCAAGAAGUCAACAAAAGCUCGGUACUCCAGCCAGCUAAGCCCUCUAUGGACGAGUCCUGCCGCACAGUCCCCUACUAUCAGUUCAAAGGUCGAUCCCCACACGAGCAAGCGUGCAUACGAGCGUCGCGAGCAACAGUCCUUCCCACUCAUUGUCUAUCAUACGUCACAUACCGACCCAAAGAUCUGCACCGUCGACGACUGCCAGGCAUACCCGAAAUGGUCACUCGCCGAGAAGGCGGCCUAUCUACUCUCCUUGGGAUUCGCAGCAUCAGACCCUAUCGAGGUGUAUCGUCCUCGAUAUAGGUACUGGGAGCUGAUUUCCCUUACUACCGUCCACACCAUCGCACCAUCUUCUUGUCUAGUCAUUCGUCGCAACUCCGAGGUCAUGUGCGACAAUCUCGAUCGCUGGAUCUCCGACGUUCAGGGCGCCGCUCGCACAAAGAGCCCAUUAAUUUGGGACAACGUUGGCGCUGAGCGUGCACGUGUUUCCGCACUUCACAAGCAACGCACGCCUACGACUAGGAAACGGAAAGCAGACGAGAUGCUUGGCGAUUUGGAUGACGAGGAUCAAGCAACGUUAAAGCGCAUCCGUCGAGAUUAUACCUUACCGGACAUCCCGAAGAUACCGUCACCGCACCUUGAGUUGCUUCCCGGCUGCGAACUCCUUCCUUUCAUUCUCGCUGAUGACUCGCCUGAACUAUCUUUAUCGCCCUUCACUCGUGAGGAAUCCUUCGACCCUGAGCCCUUCAGUCGCUCCAUGUUCGAUCCAAAGCCGCCUGCUCGACUCGAUCCAAAGCCGUUUUCCUCCCCGUCAUCUUCGACACCUUCUUUGACACCUUCAUCGCCGCUGGUCUCUCCUGAUGCUGCUAUACGACUCCCGCUUCUCCCGGCUGAUGGAGGCGAUCCAUUGGAAGCAUCCUGGCCUGGUGACUGGUAUGUCGAGGAUGUCAUCACCGGGUUAAAAGCCAUUGAUUCUUCGUCUUCACCAUGUCGGCUCACUCCUUUCGCCCGAGCACUCAACUGA